ACCUUGUACUUAUUUUUUUUUUUUUUCAAGAUCCUUUUCGUUGUUGUUGAAGGAGAUCUGCUGCUGAGUUCUUGACUGGAUGUGGUGAGAGGGAAUCUUUUCGGUUGCAAAGCCUGUUGUGACAAGGACAAGGAAGAGUGGUGUUUGUGUGGAAGGCGCCGUCCGGGAGAUUGAAUUCUUGCCACCAGAAUGAGGGAUUUCCCUUCUUGUUUUGGGGAGAAUGGGGUUCAGGUUGCCGAUUCCUCCUCGUCGUCGUCGAGCGCCGGCAAGACGGCGCAGAAUCUGGUGACCUGCGUCUACCAGACGCAGCUCGGCGGCCGGGCUUGCUUGAUCACGGUGACAUGGAGCAAGAACCUGAUGGGCCAGGGGCUUAGCAUUGGGAUAGAUGAUUCUGCCAACCAGAGUCUCUGCAAGGUGGAUAUAAAGCCGUGGCUGUUCUCAAAGAGAAAAGGCUCGAAGAGCUUGGAGGCGGAGAAUAGCAAGGUGGACAUCUUCUGGGACCUCUCUGCUGCCAAAUUUGGAUCCGGGCCCGAGCCGUUGGAAGGAUUCUAUGUCGCAGUGAUCUUUGAUCUUGAGAUGGUGCUCCUGCUUGGAGAUUUGACCAAGGAGGCCUACCGGAAGACCAGUGCGAGCCCACUGCCUUCGAGUGCGGUUUUCAUAGCUAAGAGGGAGCACAUAUAUGGCAAGAAGAUCUACUGUACAAAGGCUCAAUUUUGCGACAAUGGGCAAGUUCAUGAUAUUGCAAUCGAAUGCGAGACAGUUGGGCUCAAAGAUCCGACCCUUGAGAUUCGCAUUGACAAGAAGAGGGUAAUGCAGGUGAAGAGACUCAUGUGGAAGUUCCGGGGAAAUCAGACGAUCCUGGUUGACGGGCUCCCUGUGGAGGUGUUUUGGGAUGUCCACAACUGGCUUUUCGGGGCACCUACAGGAAAUGCUGUCUUCAUGUUUCAGACUUGUGUUUCAGCUGAGAAAUUGUUGCCGUGGUCUUCCUCACAGAUUUUCAGGGAAUCUCAGUUGCAAGGGCUUGGUUUCUCUUUGAUAUUGUAUGCUUGGAAGAAUGAGUAGGUGUAGGCAGGAGGAAAAUGACUACUCCCUACCUUCUCCCUUGAGUUCUAACAAAAUACUUUAGUGAGUGAUUUGUUUUUAACAAUGUGCGUGAGGUUCCCAUUUGUUUUUUUCCUUCUUUUCCACCCCUUAUAAAUUUGAUCUGUUUGAAUAUAUUGGCAACAUUCUGAAACUUCUAAUUGGUUGCUCUCAAUGUUUUUUUGA